AGCAGCGGGGCAGUGACCGAGAAGGAGUCCGAGCCAGAGAGCGUAUCCACAGAUGGGCCGUUGUAACAACUAGCACUUCUUCUACUUGACGCCAUCCGCACCUUGCAGCCGCGUCUGGUGCCAAACAGCAGCAUCUCAGUCUUCAAGGUCACCAUUUUCCAUCUCUGAGCGGUUUUCCACAUAAGGUCGGAGAAAAUGGCAGCAAUUCCGUCAAGUGGCUCCCUCAUCGCCACCCAUGAUUACUACCGAAGGCGUCUCGGGUCCACCUCCAGCAACAGCUCCUGUGGCAGUGCCGAGUACACGGGGGAGGUCAUUCCCCACCACCCAGGACUUCCGAGGCAAGACUCCGGCCACUGGUGGACUUCAUUUUUCUUUGCAAAACCGAACCAGCCCGGCAUGCAGAACGGAUUUGAAAGUCAAAUGAACAAAACCUACACGGUGGCCAACGGCCAGGUGACCUGCGUCGCCCGGGAGAUGGUUUUGCAGAGACAGGUCAGCGAGAGCAGCGAAAGUGGAAAGUCUGAACCAUCGACUCCUCCACCAGCUUCCUCCUAGACUCCACUCCCUGCCCGCAGCUCGCCAUCACGUAGUCUCCCAGCCCUGGAGAUAGAGACGACGGUGUUGAUGAUAAUGAUGUUGUUUUUUUUUACCUUUAGUAAAGAGAGUUUGCAUUUCAUCUUUGCCCUUGUAUAGUAUGUUUUUAUUAUGACCAAAAGUUUAAAAAAAAAAAAAAGUUCAAGUUUGUAAAAAGUUUUUUCAUUUUAUUCCUCUUGUAACUUGAC